AUGUGCAACAUCCGGGAUCCACACGGGUCCGGGUACUCGGCCGAUCGAGGCUUGGUUCGGCAAUAUGAUGGCAAGAAGACCAAGACUUCAAGUUCUUCGACGGCAAACAUCCGGCUGCUGCCACUUACGUAUUCUGGUAUCUGCAUGUUCGAUCGUGCUCAUGUAGUCCCAAACAUUCCCCUUCUCCGUUUCCAACAAAAGCUUGUCUCGGUGCGCGUUCCCCCUCAGCUGGCCACGGCCUGCGACCAAACGACUGUCAGGCCAAGGAACCACAAUGUGGGAGGAGGCCACAGAACGAACCGACGCGGCCGUGGCUCAUGGAUGAACUUUAACUUGACCAACAUGUCCUCCUCCUCCCCCGCGUCUCCCACCCGCACUACUACCGCGUCUCCUCCCCAUCAUCCUUUUACCACUCGAUUCUCGCUUUCUAGCUCUUCUUCCCCCUCGAAUUACCCAGAGGAACCCCACUUCUCUCAUCCAGCCUCACAACAGCCAUCGGCGGCAGCGUCAGCACAGCGCAUAAGCAGCGACUACGGCAUUCGCCAUCUGGGUUCUCAACAAGUCACUGAAAAGCAGGAUCUAACUUCACCACCGGCGAAGCUGUUGCGCUUUAUCGCUGUUCUCACAGCACCAAAAGAGGGCCAUCAUUGGCGGUUCGGGAAUACGAGGGAACACCGACGGGAGGACGCUUCAACCGGGACGAGGGCUCCUCGCCCGACUCACACCGCCAUGGCGCCCGACGCAAACAGCAACUUGAACGGAGUCACAUCCCAGCUUCGGACCAAAGACCAGAAUCAGGAUGGCGACCAGCAGCAGCAACUGAAGAAGAAAUGGAAGAAGAUUUGGCUGAAGGGUCUUUCUGUUCGUAUCCGGUCCCGCAAGGAUUCGCCGCGAGCAGCAGGAGCAACAGCAACAUCAUCAGCAGUACCACCGCCACCUGUAAAUGUAGGAGGGGAGACGGACCAAAGCGUUGAGAGAGGCACCCAAACCGCAACACGCAAUCACAACCAACACAAUGUUCGCAGCAGCCAGAGUCGCACGCUACGGCACUCAGGAACGCUUGCGCACCCGAGCGAGUCAGACGCCGUGACGGACUCCGGCCUCUCCUCCUCAACCGCUGCCACCUCCGCCUCGCACUCGCCCGCUAACCACCGCUCAGACCACCGCCGUACCCUCGAGUUGGUCCGCCGCCAUGUUGACCUCCAUCGGCCCCCGACGCCGGUCAAACCCGAGGACCGGUUCCAGUUCCGGUCCGGGGUCCCGUAUGGGCCUUGGACAAUCACACACCCUCCUCCUGGUCCGCCGCCAACAGCUGCGCCAUCGCAGAUUUCCUUUGAGCUCCCCGUUGUCCAGCAAGUGGCCUCCUGCUGCUCUGCCGAGACCCCUGGACCCCUCACUGCAUUCCAUCCCUUCGCCCGCCUACCACCGGAGCUUCGGUCCAAGAUCCUGCGCUUCUAUCUCGAACGGCCGCGCAUCGUUGAGAUUCGAUGCAUGAACGACUUGAAAAAGAUUCAUUUCGCGCCAAACGCGCUCGGGAAUCUCGCCUCCAACAUUGCAUGGAGCGCAGACAAUACGCUCCCGGCCCUGAUGUGGGUAAACAGGGAAUGCCGCGCCGAGACACGCGCAUUUUACCGCGUUCAGCUACCGAUGCACCCAACCAACAAGAUCGCCUGGCCCGUCAUCAUCAAUCCGGACUUUGACACUGUCAUUUUUACGUUCCCCUGGAGCAGCGAGAUACCCCUCGACAUCUUCCUGAGCGACUGCCUCGCGUUCGACCCGCUCGGCGUAGGGAUCCGACAUUUCGGCACCCGCGACAGGGGCGGGCCGGAGACGUGGGACCUGACGCCUGUUCCGGGGUGUGCGCCGCUUGCAGAGAGCUUGGCGAACCUGGAAUCUUAUACGGAAGCAAUCCAGCUAAUGGACGAUCGUGCGGCGGCCCGGUUCCCGGUGUGGAUGAUUCACGAGGGCUACCUCACUAGCGGCAUCCCGGCCAAGAACGCAUUCUACCGCGAUGUGCCGCGGCUGCUCUUGAGCAACGACUACGAGCCCCCCGAUGCGAUGAAUCAGCGCACGGCACUAGAGGCGUUGCGGACGCAGCUUGGGGAUUAUCUGCCCAAGAACGUGGCUGAGAACCUGGUCAUGCAGAGGAUGUUUUACCGCAAGUAUUUCCGCCAUUUGAGGAUGAAGUGCACAAAGACGGAUCUUGCUGGGCUGGGGAUGGUGAGGCAAAUACCCGAUUGCGAGACGGAGGAGUUCUUUUUGAGUAAUGGCCGUGAGGUUGCGGGACCGCGGAAGAAGAGGAGAUCGGUACUGGAUGUGAGACCUAGUAGCAGCUGGCAUUUAUGGGAUGACGACUGA